AUGAAGCUGUCUUCUGUUUUCGCUACCCUUUUGGCGACCGUCGCCGUCGCCUCUCCCAUUGAGUCGCGUGACGAGCUGAUCAAGCGCCAGUCCAAGGAGGCCUGCAGCGUUGGUUACUGCACUCAGAACGGUGGUACUACUGGUGGUGCCGCUGGUGAGACCAUCACUGUCAACUCUGUUGCCGCUCUUAUUGAGGCUGCCAAGCGUGAUGGCCCCCUCACCAUCAUUGUCUCUGGCAAGCUGUCGGGCUCUGACCGCGUCCGCCCUACGUCUGACAAGACCAUCAUCGGUGCUGCUGGAAGCUCCCUCACCGGUGUCGGCAUCUACGUCCGUCGCCAGAAGAACGUCAUCCUGCGCAACCUGAAGAUUGGCCAGGUUGAUGCCAGCAACGGUGAUGCUAUUGGUAUCGAUGAGUCUACCAACGUCUGGGUCGACCACUGCGACCUCUCUGGCGACCUCAGCGGCGGAAAGGAUGACCUCGAUGGUCUUCUUGACAUCUCCCACGGUGCUGACUGGGUGACUGUCUCCAACACCUACUUCCACGACCACUGGAAGGGCUCUCUGAUUGGUCACUCCGACAGCAACGCCUCGCAGGACCGAGGCAAGCUCCACAUCACCUAUGCCAACAACUACUGGAAGAACGUCAACAGCCGUCAGCCCCUCAUCCGCUUCGCCACUGUCCACAUUGUCAACAACUACUGGGACGGCAUCAUUCUCUCCGGUGUCAACACCCGCAUGGGCGCUCAGGUCCUCGUCCAGAGCUCCGCCUUUGCCAACUCUGCCGAGCGCGCCAUCUUCUUCGCCGACUCCAAGGAGACUGGUUACGCCGUUGUUGAGGAUGUCAACCUUGGCGGCUCUGUCAACUCUGCCCCCAAGGGUACCCUGACCUCUGCUUCGCUGCCCUACAAGGUCAGCGCUCUCGGCUCCGCCAAGGUUGCUUCCACUAUCCCUGGCACCGCUGGCCAGAAGCUGUAA